CAGGAGUCCGUCAAACUCUCGCUAACACAUCCGGAGCUAUAUGAGGAGAUGGGAAUUAAGGCCAUCCUUUACGGGGUUGCCAGAACAGGAAAAACCCUCUUUGCCAAGGCAGUCACAAAGCAAACAUCCGCAACAUUCUUGUGCAUGGUCGGUUCUGAGCUUAUUCAGAAGUAUCUUGAUGAUGGUCCAAGCUUCUUGUUCGCUUCCAAGCUUGUUCGCGCACCCUUUUGCGUAGCUGAAGGACAUGCCCCAAGUAUUGUCUUCAUAGACGAAAUCGACGCUAUAGGUACCAAACGGUAUGAUUCAACAUCAGGUGGCGACCAUGAAAUUCAGAGAACAAUCUUUGAACUACUUAACCAGCUUGAUGGCUUCGACACUCGUGGCUACAUCAAGGUUAUCAUGGCCACAAAUAAGAUUGAGACGCUAGAUCCCGCACUUAUCUGA